UAUCCAAGCCUUAAUUGUACAUAGAUACGAUACCGCAGGAGUAUGAAUCGAGUGGAGGAGAAUGGUUUUGGGUCCUACAAGGUCGCCGACUGCGGCUGGCUCCGUUAUGUACGGUCAAAUACAAUAAAAUAUCGAAAUUGAAGGGUUUCCAAAUGGUACCACGGCCUCCAAAGCCAGGCCCCACCAUAAAUCCUCUAAACAAAAGCAAUUCUGUCUACUCCAUGUCAUACUCUCUCAAGUUGCGCAACUUACCACUUCUUUAAUCCACCCUUGCCGUCAACGUUAUUUACUGAGUGCUGCCCCGAAUCUUCUACCUCAAGCUCUCAAAACGUGUUCUUAUUUGUUAAUAUCCACCUAUAAGAUAACCGGUGGCCGCUACGAAUGCGUCCCAAACCCAAACCCCAAAAGAAAGAAAGGGAAUCUUACCAGAAAGCUUCAAUUUUUUUUAGAAUAGAAUGGGAAGCUCCUCCUUCUCGGCGGGAUCCCGUGUCUCCACUGCCAGCAAGUGGCUGGGCUUCGUGGCUGCCGUGUGGAUCCAGUGUAUCUCCGGCAACAACUACACCUUCUCCAACUACUCCGACGCACUCAAGUCCCUCAUGCACCUCACUCAGGUGGAGCUCAACUCCCUCUCCGUCGCCAAAGAUAUCGGAAAGGCAUUCGGCCUCGUCGCCGGCCUGGCCUCCGACCGCCUCCCCACGUGGUCCAUCCUGCUCAUAGGCUCCCUCGAAGGCCUCAUCGCAUACGGCGUCCAGUGGCUCGUCGUCAGCCAGAAAAUCCAACCCCUCCCUUACUGGCAGAUGUGUGUUUUUCUCUGCAUGGGAGGGAACAGCACCACGUGGAUGAACACUGCGGUGCUCGUCACGUGCAUACGCAACUUCCGGAGAAACCGUGGUCCCGUCUCCGGCAUUCUCAAGGGCUUUGUAGGGCUGAGCACCGCCAUCUUCACCAGCCUUUGCUCCGCUCUCUUCUCCGACGACCCUGCUGCAUUCCUCCUCAUGCUCGCUCUCAUCCCCCUCGCAGUUUGCGUCUCCGGAAUCUUCUUCCUCCGUGAGGUUCCGCCGGAGAAGUCGACCGCCGCCGCCGACACAGAAGAGUCCAAGUACUUCGGCAUAUUCAACGCCGUGGCGGUCGUCGUCGCAGUUUACCUGUUGGCCUACGGGUUCAUCCCCAACCCUAGUACCUUGUUCUCUCGCGUGUUUACCGGAGUUUUGCUCGUUUUGCUGGCGGCGCCGUUGGCCAUUCCCAUUCACGCUUACUUCUCAGAGAGGCUAUUGAAACCGGUUCUGGACAUCGAGGGUCAGAACGGUCAGCGGGUGAACGAGCCGCUGCUUCAGAACGGCAACAGGGAGGAGGAAGCGGCGGCGGUGGCGGCUGCGGCGGCAGAGGAGGAGACGGCUGUGGUGAUUCUAGAGAAGGGAAGGGCGGCUAUCGGGGAGGAGCACACUAUAUCGGAGGUGCUGAGGAGCGUUGAUUUUUGGAUAUUGUUUGUGUCUUUUCUGUGUGGGGUUGGAACAGGAAUGGCGGUUCAGAAUAAUAUGGGUCAAAUCGGUUUGGCCCUCGGGUACACCGACGUUUCUAUCUUUGUGUCUUUGACCAGCAUUUGGGGCUUCUUUGGAAGAAUCGUUUCGGGUUCGGUUUCGGAGCACUUCAUCAGGAAGGCUGCAACUCCUAGACCUCUUUGGAAUGCAGCAUCUCAGAUUCUGAUGGCUGUGGGUUACAUACUUCUGGCAAUGGCUAUGCCUGGUUCUCUCUAUAUUGGGUCUACUGUAGUUGGCAUAUGCUAUGGAGUGAGAAUGGCCAUUACAGUUCCAGCAGCCUCUGAGCUAUUUGGGCUCAAAUACUAUGGUCUCAUCUACAACAUUCUCAUCCUCAACCUUCCCCUUGGAUCUUUCCUCUUUUCGGGCCUGCUUGCCGGCAUACUCUACGAUAUGGAGGCCACCACCACUGCCGGAGGAGGCAACACCUGUGUGGGAGGCCACUGUUACAGGCUAGUCUUUGUAGUCAUGACUGCAGCAUGUGUAAUUGGCUUCUUCUUGGACAUUUGGAUGUCAUUCAGAACCAAGCAUGUUUACAAGAAGAUUUCCAUGAGCAGAAAGUCAAAGAAAUCUUCCUCGGUCACAUCAAGUAGCUAAUGAUAUCAGUGGUGGGGGAUUGAUGAGAAUUUUUUUCUCUGUGAUAUCCCAUUUCCACAUAGUUAACUCAUUGUUUUUGGUUUCAAAUAAGGAGGGCUAUUUGUUCAACUCCAUUAUGAAGCAUAUAAGCAUUCUAUUCCCUUGAUAGCAUCAGUGAUAUAAUUCAUUUGGUUCGAUUUUAAGAGAACAUUCAAAGAUUGUGCGGCUUGUUUGGUAGAUAAAUGUUGUGCUGUUAUUAGUUCUGUAAAAUGUGAACUGGUGUGGUGUAAUACUGUAAUGUCAGUUGUUGUUGUUGUCAUAUUCCUUAGCCAUUUGUAAUCAUUGUAACUGUAAGUUCGUUUAAGAGUAAUGAGAAAAAAAUUUCUGUGACAGUCUUGGAAUUGAAUCAAAGAGGCAGCAGCAGUCAGAAUUAUUGUUAGAAGGAAAUGAGAAAAAUAACAUUAAAAACGCGGUGAUAAAUGUGAAGGAACAGAGUGCAUAGAUACAGAGGCUUGAAUGAAGGUAUAUGAGACAAGGCAUCGCGAGACCAUAGUUUGCUUGAAGGCAAAGAUAAUAAGGACUAAGGAGCUCAAGUUUUGGUUUAUGAGGGAUCUGUCUGAUUCACGUCACAUUCAAGUUUCAUCCAUUGUGUGAUGUCUGUCCAAAACUGAAUCAAUGUCAUUUAUUAAUCUACUAGUGUGGAGACACACCAGACUGCUCUGCCAUAGUCAUUAAUCUCGUGGUCCCAAUGACCGAUCAUAAGAGGUGCUUGUGUGUGA